AUAGCAAAAGGUGGGCUCGGCUCAUUUCUUUUAAUAACAAUCGCUGUGCGUUUGUCUUUGUUUAUAUUAUGAGAAACAAAUGUGAUGUUUGAAGUGAAGGAAAUAUAAAAUGAAAAUAAAUGUAAAUACGUAGAUAUGUACAUAAAAACUAAUCGCACGCUAUUCAUUUAAAUCAACCGAGUAUAGUGUUCUGUAAAAUACCGACGACUACAAUAAUUGCAUAAAAUGUUUUGUCACUCUCUAAUACAACAACUUUAUACAACAUAACCAUCCGGAUAAUGAGCAAAUGGUUGCUAAUGUAUGUAUUUGGCUUAGAGUGACGCAAAAUUAGUUUGUUACGUGACGAGGCAGCUAACUGGUUAGUCACUGGAAGCACCGCAAUCAUGACGGAAGGCAAACGCCUGUUGAAUGGGGCCAAGUGCCGUAUAAUUACUUCACAAAAUCCAUCUACGACAAGCAAGAGUCUCGUGGGAGUCAUCGAUGAAGGCACCAGCAGCGUUCAAUUCUCAUUAUACUCGGUGCCUUUCUUCAAAGAAGUGGCAAACUAUCAAAUUGAAUUGACGAUGAUCACACCGCAGGAUGGCUGGUUUGAACAAAACCCGUUGGAACUGAUGGAUGCCAUUUAUGAAUGCUGCGAAAAAGCUUGCGCUCAGCUACCCGCACUGGGCUACAGCAUUGCUGAUAUUAGCUGCAUUGGAAUUACAAAUCAGCGAGAAACGACUAUAGUUUGGGAUUCACGUACUGGCCAACCGCUGUAUAAUGCGCUUGUUUGGAAGGAUAUACGAAGUGAACAAUGUGUUGAUCGAGUACUGUCCAAAUUAGAUAAUCAUGACAAAAAUUAUUUUAAGCAUAUUUCUGGCUUGCCUGUUUCACCAUAUUUUUCGGCGUUGAAAUUGCGUUGGUUGUUUGAUAAUGUAGCCGAGGUGAGGAAGGUGCAUCGUGAAGGUUAUUGCAAAGCUGGUACAGUUGACUCGUGGAUUGUGUGGAAUCUUACCAAAGGCGCCUUGCACAUUACCGAUGUCACAAAUGCCUCACGCACUCUACUUAUGGACAUUGAUACGCUGCAUUGGCAUCCACAGCUGUUGCGCACUUUCAAAAUAGAUAAAAAAAUUCUGCCUGAAAUUCGCAGUAGUUCAGAAAUCUAUGGCCCCAUCACUAGCGAUCGGUGUGUGCUCACUGGUGUACCGAUUAGUGGUAUUCUUGGCAAUCAACACGCUUCAUUGCUGGGACAGAUGUGCAUCAAGCCAGGUCAAGCGAAGAAUACCUACCGUUCCGGCUGUUUUCUUUUAUGCAAUAUUGGCGAUCGUCCAGUUAUUUCGGCGCACGGCCUAAUUACCACGGUAGCCUAUAAGCUGGGACCAAAUAAACCGGCCACAUAUGCACUGGAGGGAUCAGUAGCUGUAGGCGGUCAUGCUUUACGUUGGUUGGAGAAUCGUUUUCGUCUGUUAAAAGAUUACGCAAAAGCGGAACAAUGUGCGGAGGAGGUGUCCACAACGGGGGAUGUGUAUUUUGUGCCUGCUUUUACCGGUCUCUAUGCGCCAUAUUGGCGAAAGGAUGCACGUGGUUUAAUAAUUGGGCUGACGCAAUACUCCACAAAGCAUCACAUAGUGCGUGCUGCCCUUGAGGCGAUCUGCUUUCAAACGCGCGACAUACUGGAGUGUAUGCAUCAGGAGAGCGGUUUUCAGCUAAAUAAAUUGCAUGCUGAUGGCUCGAUCAGCAUGAAUAACUUACUAAUGCAAUUACAGGCCGAUACGGCAGGUCUGACUGUUUUUCGAUCUCAAUUGACUGACACUACAGCAUUUGGUGCUGCAUUGUGCGCCGCGCAAGCGGAAGGCAUUGACUUAUUCUACUUUCAUCCCGAUGAAUUGCCUUACGAUGUUUUAGACUACGAUACUUUCUUACCAACGAGCACUGAAGAUGAACGCUAUCAUCGUUAUGGUAAGUGGAAGCGCGCAGUGGAGCGCAGUAUGGGCUGGGUAAUUAAGAAACCUGUUCGCCAAAUAACCGAUGAAACAUACAAGCUAUUAUCCUCGGUACCGGCGGCAUUGUUCGUCAUGAGUACUUUUGCCAUGAUUAUUCACUCGGCGAGGAGGUAGCUUAAAUGUAAAAAUUGUACAUAUUCACAUACAUACUCGUAUGUUUAAAAGAGUAAAUGUGUUUAUAUGUAUGAUCAAAUAUGCAUGUACUUAUGAAGCUAAAAGCCUUACUUUAUUUGUUAACUACAUAGUUUUAUGGAGCAGGAGUUUUGCUUUGCUGAAUUUUGCAACAAUACUUACCUAAGUACAUGUACUUAUAUAUGUAUCUAGCUUUUAAGUAUGCAGUUUACUAUUAUACGAGAACCCACACACUUGUGCACAAGGGUAUUAUAAUUUUGUAUGUAACAGCAUACAGGAAUGAAGAUAGAGAUAGACAUAUACACACAAUAAUUGUAUAUAUAAUAUCAAAAUGUUCAGAACGAUAAGAGGGAUCGUGCGUUAACUGAUACACAUAUUACUCAAUCUACUAUCCAGGGUAGUUUGGUAUUAAAAAUGGACAAAAACGGGCAAUAGCCACGCUCUCUUGUCGAAUAAUGGGACAAAUGACGAACUUAACCCUUUCGCGAUAUUGUUGCCAUAUGGCAACAGUAAACUUUAAAAGGCCGUCAACACUCUCUUGUAAAAAAUAUCAACUUUUUUGUUACAUAUUUUCAAAAAUUGAAGUUUAAUGGUUAAACAGAAAUAAAAUAAAUAAUAACCGCUCAUUAUAUAUCGGUAAUACAACAUUUUUAAAGAAAGCCUUCUGGCAUAUAACACUUCACUCUGAAAUUUGUAUUUUGCAUUUUUAGAUUUUUGAGGCAUUUUGGGCAAAUGUU